CAACUGGUAAAUUAAUAUGAAUGAAAUGUCAAAACAUUUCUCACUGCAACUUGUUCAAACGUACAUAUGAGUCCAUUGACAUGAUUUUUGAUUUAAGACUUCUGGGAUAGCAAGCUAGUUAGCAAUCACUGGUCUUUGCAGUAGCAGCUGGCGCAUGCACCGUUAGCUCUGCUAACACAACAUUAUGCCACGUUUUGUGGUUAGUUGUUAGGAUUAGGAAUAACAAGUCCGUUAAUACAAAGUACGUCAGAAUGUGAGCAAAACGCAGACAUUGGAUUAGAAGUAUUUAACAAAGAUCAUGGACACCAACGAUUGCAGCAACCUGCCUUAGAUAACGUCACGUUGCUCUUUAGCAGAAAAUUUUGAAUGAAGGCUCCUGUGCAGUCGCAAUGCCCUUGGAGGUGAGUUGGCCUUUCCCACAGUGCCCCCGACUGGGAUGGAGGCUGUCCAGCUCGCUGGUAAUGGGCAUGGUGGGAUCCUAUAGCUUCUUAUGGACCAGAUACAUGAACUGCAUGAAAGUGCACAACCAGAAUGUUCUCCUGGACUUAAUUGAUCAACGUCCCAAGGACCGUCCUCUCAUCACUCUGUCCAAUCAUGAGUCCUGCAUGGAUGACCCACACAUAUGGGGGGUGCUGAAGCUUCGGCAGUUGUGGAACUUCAAAAAAAUGAGAUGGACCCCUGCAGCAUCUGAUAUCUGCUUUACCAAGGAGUUCUACUCACGCUUUUUCAGUAGAGGGAAGUGUGUGCCAGUGUGCCGAGGUGAUGGUGUUUAUCAGAGAGGCAUGGACUUCCUUGUGGACAGACUCAACCGAGGGGAUUGGGUACAUAUAUUCCCUGAGGGAAAAGUCAACAUGACCCACGAGUGGAUACGGUUAAAAUGGGGUGUUGGAAGAUUGAUAGCUGAAUGUACUCUUGACCCAAUUAUCUUACCUAUGUGGCAUUUGGGUAUGAAUGAUGUCCUUCCCAAUACUCGCCCCUACAUACCCCGGACUGGAAAGCCAAUUACAGUUUAUGUGGGGAAGCCUUUUACUGUGAAACACCUUGUGGACUCGCUAAAAGCAGAAAACAAAAGCCAGAUGGAGAUGAGGAAGGUCCUCACAGACUUCAUCCAGGAGGAGUUCCGCAGCUUAAAAUCCCAAGCGGAGGCCCUGCAUCAGCGGAUACAGGACCAAGGAUGAGGCCUUGGCUGGCACUUUCGACUACCCUCAGGGACAAGGCUGAAGGAGGCUAGAGCAUAUGACCAGAUCAGUCAGCCUCCUGAAAAAUCACAUGUUCACACACACGCAUAUACACAAACAUACAUACAGACACUCGCCACAGCAACAGGUGGACCACGAAUAUAUCUGAUACUCAUCAGAUAGCAGAACUCCUUUUUUUAUACAGUUUUCUGAUUACCCUUUCCCCCUUGAAAUAAUCCCAGCUGGAACAACAAUUGCAAUGGGCUUUUUAAAAGUGCAUGUGCCAAAUUGUUUAGCCUGGAAGCUGUAUUUACCCUGAGUGCUGAAUAAUGAAGACAUGUCAUGUACAAUUUACAGUAGGGACAAUCACUUUCUGAUUGCCUCAUCAAGGUUACUGAGUGUCUCAACCAGGAAGUGUACUUGUGAAGGAACUUGGUUGUGAAGGGGAAUCAGUAUUUUUAUAACUCACUAUUUUACAGUGGUGUUUCCAUGAGCGAUUUAUGCACAUUUUGCCAGUUUUUUAAAUCAAACCCUUGUACAGAGAUUCAAAAAAAGUAGUUACAUUAUUUAGAUUUUUGUGGCAGUGAGUGAACUAUAAAUGUACGGUAUGUAUAGCAAAUAUACACGUUUCAUAUCAUAAAUGCAGCCUAUGCCAGGUAGACUGAUAUGGCCUAAAAUGUCUGUUGUACAUCAUUCAUUGACAUUCUACUUUACAAUGAAAUAUUUCUAAUGUGUGCAAAUUUACAGCCAACUAAAUAGUCUCCCCUCUAAAAUGAUCUGGCAUUAGUAUUCUAUCAGACUGAAAUGUUUUUUUUUUUUGUUAUUGCACACCGAGACUUCAGUCCGCAAGUAUUCUAGUUGAUAUUUGGCUUGCUUAUAUUAAAGAUUUCUGAAAUUGUGCACUUAAAUUAUUAUUGAUCUAGGAGUAUUUAUGUUGGUGCCAUGGUUCUUCUCUGUGUCCUUUCCACUUGUUUGUAAUGGAGCAGCUUGGAAUGAUUGAACUGUUAAAUAAUUUACCUCAUAUUUCUGUGAACAGUUAUUUUGAAUGACUCUGAUUCUGUACCCACGUGUGACCCCUGGCAGAUGACACCAAAUGGAUUUUGUGUCCGUCCUGUCAGCAUGUGAUUAAAACUUUGCCUCAAAUCAAAUUGUUUCACUUUACCCACAGUGAAUAAAAUAUUUAUUUGAA